UAUCCUGGGAUCAAGAAACUGAUGGCCCCCGACCCCCACCUCAAAUGGGUGGUGACCCUCAUGGUUCUGGUUCAGAUGGUGGCUUGCUACCUGGUGAAGGACCUGCCGUGGAAGUGGGUCUUCUUCUGGACCUACACCGUUGGGGGCUACGUCAGCCACUCCCUAACCCUGGCCAUCCACGAGAUCUCCCACAACGUGGCCUUCGGCAACAAGAGACCCACGUGGAACAGCUACUUCAACAUGUUUGCCAACCUGCCUAUCGGCAUCCCCAUCGCCGCCACCUUCAAGAAGUACCACAUUGACCACCACCGCUACUUGGCCGGGGACAGGUUGGAUGUGGACCUGCCCACCUAUCUGGAGUGCCGCUUGUUCAACACGUCCCUGGGAAAGUUAAUCUGGGUCUUUCUGCAGCCGCUCUGCUACGCCCUGAGACCUUUGUUUGUCCGUCCCAAGCCAGUCAGCCAAAUCGAGCUCAUCAACAUCUCUGUCCAGCUGGGCUACGACCUUCUCAUCUUCUACUCGAUGGGAACCAAGUCCCUGAUCUACAUGCUUGCUUCUGUCCUGUUCACCAGCGGCUUCAACCUCAUCACGGGCCACUUUAUUGCCGAGCACUACGAAUACGGCAAAGGUUGUGACACCGUCUCCUACUACGGGCCUUUGAACCGGAUCGCCUUGAACGCGGGUCACCAUGUGGAACAUCACGAUUUCCCAAGCAUCCCAGGGAGCAAGCUACCCCUGGUGAAGAAAAUUGCCCCCGAAUAUUACGACAGCCUUCCCUAUCACUACUCCUGGGGCGUCGUCAUUUGGAACUUCAUCUUCAAAGCGGAUCAGGGGCCUUCAGCCCGCGUGAAGAGACAAUACAAGUUCAACCACAGCUCGUGAAAGAGGAAGGUGUUGGCGCUCCAGUCGUGUGCAGGCUGUACACA